UGCCAAAAUAUUAUCCACAAGAUAUUCCUCUCGCGAGAAGCCCUCCUUCGGGCGUUCGAGGGCGCCUUCUCUCCCUCCCGCUCAUACGCUGGCAGAUUUCCGGGCCUCAGAAUCGAACUCUGCGGCCCUAUCAAGUAUCAAAGUAACGGAAAGAGAAAUAGAGGGAAACAUGGGCUCCGUAAUGCCUACUGACACAUGUUAUGGAGGACUCAUCUUGCCCAUUUCUCCUUCUAUCGGGUAUCAGACUUCUGCUUUUGGUUGUUCCUAUGGACAUGGGGAGAGUCUGGGCAGUGCUCAUUUCUGUAUGUUUUCUCCGAAAACCAGUUCGACUAAUGGCUGUUCCAUGAAAGCACGUGUGAGUUCGAGGUCCCUUCGUUGUAAAAUUUCGACGUGUAGCGAGAAAGGUCGGUCUAAAAAUCGUAGAAAGGGCACUAGAGAUAUGGUAGAUGCGAUUCUGAAGCCGGAGGUGAUUGGUGGUAAUGGAGUAGCUAGGUGGGAAGAGCAGCAUUCUUUCAAUCCGAACGGUUCAAAGAUCUCCAAUGAGAUAGUCAGUAAUGGUAGCGUUUCUGGAGGUUAUUGGGGGAAUAUGGAUGAUUCAGAGUCGAACGAGGUUGUUCGACGCCUUGUCAGGAAUGGCCAAUUGCCGGAGGCCUUAACUGUUCUGGAGAAUAUGGCAGGUAAUGGAGAGAUGCCGGAUAUCAUCCCAUGCACGAGUUUAAUCAGAGGAUUCUGUAAGAUGGGGCAGACGAAGAAAGCCACGAAAGUCUUGGAGAUUAUUGAAGGAUCGGGUGCUGUUCCGGACGUCAUAACAUACAACAUUUUGAUCAGUGGAUACUGCAAAUCUGGUGAGGUUGAGAAUGCUUUGAAGGUUUUAGACAGGAUGAGUUGUGCCCCUGACGUAGUCACCUACAAUACGAUCCUCAGGAGCUUGUGUGACAAGGGAAGACUGAAGCAGGCAAUGGAUGUUCUUGAUUACAUGCUUCACAAGGAGUGCUUUCCCGAUGUAAUCACGUACACAAUUCUGAUCGAAGCAACUUGCAAAGAGAGUGGAGUCGCAGAAGCGAUGAAGCUCUUGGAUGAGAUGAGAAGAAGGGGAUGUAAACCAGAUGUUGUGACUUACAAUGUUCUGAUCAAUGGGAUCUGCAAAGAAGGCCGGUUGGAGGAAGCAAUCAAAUUUCUCAAUGACAUGGGAUCAUAUGGAUGUCAGCCCAAUGUCAUAACUCACAAUAUCAUUCUUCGCAGUCUCUGCAGCACCGGAAGAUGGGUGGAUGCAGAGAAGCUGUUGGCUGAUAUGGUUGAGAAAGGGUGUGGUCCUAGUGUCGUGACCUUCAACAUUCUGAUCAACUUCUUGUGUAGGAAGGGUCUACUUGGUCGAGCUAUAAACAUAUUGGAGAAGAUGCCAGAGUAUGGCUGCACACCAAAUUCUUUAAGCUACAAUCCACUGCUUCACGGUUUCUGUAAGGAGAAGAAGAUGGAGCGGGCAAUAGAGUACUUGGAUAUAAUGGUGAGCAGAGGCUGCUAUCCCGACAUAGUUACUUACAACACAUUAUUAACUGCAUUAUGCAAGAAUGGAAAGGUUGAUGUUGCCGUUGAUGUCCUUCGCGAGUUGGGAAAUAAGGGCUGCUCUCCUGUGCUGAUUACUUACAAUACAGUAAUCGAUGGGCUUGCAAAGAUUGGAGACACCAAGCAAGCUAUAGAGCUUUUGGAUGAAAUGUUGGCAAGAGGUCUUCAUCCUGAUGUUAUUACUUACUCAUCGCUAGUGGCUGGACUUAGUCGUGAAGGGAAGGUAGAUGAAGCAAUCAAUUUUUUCAGUGAAAUGGAAGAUAGAGGCAUAAAACCAAAUGCUAUUACAUAUAAUUCUCUCAUCCUGGGGUUGUGCAAGGCUCAUAAAACUGCAAGUGCUAUUGACGUUCUUGCUUAUAUGGUUUCCAGAGGGUGUAUACCUACUGAGGCAACUUACAACAUUCUGAUUGAGGGACUUGCUCACGAAGGUGAAGUCAAAGAAGCUUUAAAAUUGUUAAACGAGUUGAGCUCUAGAGGAGUUGUUAAGAGAAGUACAGCACAACAUGCGGCAGUUCAAAUGUAGAUUGUAUUGGCUAGUUUCUUGGAUGGAGGAAAAAGGGUAGAAUCUGUAUAAUUUUGUUCCUGUGAUGCCUUCUACUUGUUAGUAUGAAGGUAUUUCCUUUCAUGUUAUCCCCUCAUAUUACUACCAAAUUUUUGAUCAGUCAGCUGUUGUAAUUAUCGUUCUUUUGUGAGAUAUACCUUGUUAGGAGAGAAAAAGUAUGUAAUGCUUGUAUGAGCAGGUAUUAUUAACCAGAGAUUUUCUUUUCAAUGUGAGCGGAGGUUAGACUCCACCAGAUUAUGUCAA